UGGACCUGUUCAGAAUUGAGACCGACAAAAUCAUUUGCGGGAUUUUUUUCAAAAUUUUUGUGGAACAGAAUUUUGCUAAUAAAUCCCGCAAAAUCCUGAGCGGGAUUCUUGUCGCUCACCUGCUUCUAGUUCAGAAUCCCUUUUAAUUAUUUAAAGUACAAUCAACAAAGAUUAAAAGCAGCAUUAGAAGAACAUUUUGUGGAAAUUGAAACAUUUAAAUCAAUGUUGGAAAAAGCCCAUAUACUUUUGGAAGAUAAAAUACUUGUUCAAUUGGCUAUUUAUGAACCGAAGAGUUUUAAGUCAUUAAUCGAUUUAACACAAAAAAUGGCUCUCGACGACGGAAUUGAAAUUAUAACAAAACCGGAAGAGUUGGAACAUGUUCAGACUGAAUCUAGCCUUUUUGGCCAACCAUUCCCCGCUGCUAAAAUUUAUCCUAGCGGCCCAAAAGAAAAUCAUAUGGAAUUUCCAAGGAAACUUAAAGUUGAAGAAUAUUGA